UGACGGCGAUUAGCGGCCAUUUUGCAUUUCCCCGAGGCCAGGGCCUGGUUAGCCUUGAAAAACUUUACCCAGAUCCCUUUUAUGAUAGCCCCGAGUCUGUUCGCCUGGCUGCCAUCCGGUCCUUGCUGACACACAAAGGACAAGCGGCACACACUGCGUAUGGGCAAUGCUCUUAAUUGCCUUUAAAGGGCCGUCUGCGAUUUUUGCCAACUUUUGCCAUCAUUUAUGCAAAGCGGAAAGCCAGCAUGUGGAAAUACCGAUGCACGCUGAUACGAGUGCCGGCACAGGCACAGGCACCGGCACCGGCACCGGCGGCAUUCAUGCAUCAGAGCCGAAACGAAUGAGAGGCCGAGACUCUUGACUUUGUUAAUUAAACAUAACGGCGCACAGCGCACAUCGCACAUCGCACAGCGCACAGGGAGCAAUUCUCAAGUGAAUAAUUCAACAACAGCAAGUGCCCGAAACUUAACGAAAACUUUUCAAAUUCAUUGAAAACUUCAUCCAGAAAAAUGUCACAAAUUUCGACUAUAUAAGCAGCCCGCCAGGGAGCCGCGGCACACACUGGCCCCAGGAUGGUCUUCAAGCUAAUACGACCAGCCCCGCUGACGGAGAAGGUGGGCUCUCGGGAUGGCUGCAUUUACCUGUUCAGGGCGAUGAAGUUCAUAGGCUGGGUGCCGCCCAAGUCUGGGGUGCUGCGCUACGUCUACCUCUUCUGGACGCUGAUGACGUUCGUGUGGUCCACCACGUACCUGCCGCUGGGUUUCCUGGGCAGCUACAUGACCCAGAUCAAGUCGUUCUCGCCGGGCGAGUUCCUCACCUCGCUGCAGGUGUGCUUCAACGCGUACGGGUCCUCGGUGAAGACGGCCAUCACCUACUCGCAGCUGUGGCGACUCAUCAAGGCCAAGGAUCUGCUGGACAAGCUGGAUCUGCGCUGCACCUCCGUCGAGGAGCGCGAGAAAAUCCACCGCGUGGUGGCGCUCAGCAACCACGCCUUUCUCAUCUUCACGUGCGUCUACUGCACCUACGCGGGGUCCACCUACCUCAGCUCGGUGCUGAGCGGGCGGCCACCCUGGCAGCUCUACAACCCCUACAUCGACUGGCGCGACGGCCGGGGGAAUCUGUGGCUGGCGUCCACCCUCGAGUACGUCGUGAUGUCGGGGGCCGUGCUCCAGGAUCAGCUCUCCGACACCUACCCACUGGUCUACACCCUCAUCCUGCGCGUCCACCUGGACAUGCUGCGAGAGCGCAUCCAGCGGUUGCGCACCGACGAGGCGAUGAGCGAGGCCGAGAACUACGAGGAGCUGGUCAACUGCAUCUUGGAUCACAAGAUUAUUAUAAUGUUCUGCGAUACGAUCAAGCCCGUUAUUUCGGGGACCAUCUUCACCCAGUUCCUGCUGUGCGGCAUUGUGCUGGGUCUGACGCUGAUCAACGUGUUCUUCUUCUCGGACCUGUGGACCGGCAUCGCCUCCUUCAUGUUCGUCAUCACCAUUCUCCUGCAGACGUUCCCCUUCUGCUACACCUGCAAUCUCAUCAUGGAGGACUGCGACGCCCUCACGCACGCCAUCUUCCAGUCCAAGUGGGUGGACGCCUCUCGCCGCUACAAGAUGACGCUCCUCUAUUUCCUGCAGAACGUGCAGCGGCCCAUCGUCUUCAUUGCCGGCGGCAUCUUUCAGAUAUCCAUGAGCAGCAACAUCAGCGUGGCCAAGUUCGCCUUCUCCGUCAUCACCAUCACCAAGCAAAUGAACAUAGCCGAUAAGUUUAAGGACGAAUGAGGAGGACUACUACUACUCUCUGGCUUAUCACCGUUCCCAUGAUUACCCCAUUGAUUUUCUAUAAAUAAGACGAGAUACAAACUUUUAAAUAACUCUGAAAAUGGCAAUUCCCACUCCCUUUCCUUCACACCAACAUCAAUAUCCCCCACCCGUCUAG